AUGGCUAUUCGAACAAAUAGACAAAUCCUUACAAAGGGGAAAAAUUAUGCUACAAAACAAUCGAAGAAAUUUGGUGCAGAUGAAGUUACAUUCGAUAAGGAUUCAAGAUUAGAUUAUCUUACCGGGUUCCAUAAACGUAAGUUGGAGAGACAGAAGAAGGCUAAAGAGUUCAAUAUUGAACAAGAUAGGUUGGCCAGGAUCGAAGAAAGGAAGAAAAUUCGUGAUGAAAGGAAAGAACAAAUGGAAGAACAAAUGAAGAAAUUUAAAGAAACUUUAGAAAUACAGAAGGAAAUUGAAGAUGACAUAAAUAAUGCCAAGAUUGGUGAGAACUCUGAGAAGAAGAAAGAUAUAGACUCUGAUUCAGACGAAUCGUGGAAUGGGUUUUCUGAUCAUAAUGAUGAUGAUGAUGCCGAUAAUACAAAAUCUGAAGAUUCUUCGAGCGUGAAACCAAUCCUUAAGGGACAGAUUACUGCAGUGUACUCUGAUGAUACCACUGUGGAAGUGGAAAGUCUGGAACCUAAUGAUAAUUUUGAAUAUAUUGCAAAAUUGAAUAACGUUAAAUUAGAACAAUCUGAAAAGGUACUCAAACAAAGUAUAAGUAGAGCCACUAAGUAUGCAAAAUUCUUAGGAAUGAAUGAUGAUGACGCUACUACUGAUAAAGAUAAGUCCCAGAAAAAGAAGAAGCAAAAGAAAAAAUUUAGAUACUUAACCAAGAAUGAAAGAAGAGCAAAUCAAAGAAAGGCCAACGCCAAUAAAUAUAGAAAGAAGUGA